GGCAUUUUUCUUCAAGUGAAAUCUCAGUAGGCAGCAGUGUAAAAAAAAAACCAUUCGGUCGUGCAAUAAUAUCAUGCGGAAAAUUGAAUAAAUAUAUAAAAAAAACUACAGAUUUUUCUCGGCGAUUUUUCCAAAUUUUAAGUGUUUAUUCUGUACGAUAGGAUGAACUCCAAAACCGAUAUCAUACAAAAGGAGUUGCAAUCUGCUUUGCUCGAGAAACGGCCCAAUGAAGAGGAAGAUCAGAUAAAACGUCGAGAGUCCGUGCUGGAGAUCAAUGGCUACCAAGUCAAGGAAACUAUCGGGACCGGAGCUUUUUCUAUUGUGAAGAAAGCCUUUUCAAAAACACACGAUCGAUCAGUCGCCAUCAAAAUAGUUUCAAAACAAAAAGCCACCAAAGAUGUUUUGACCAAGUUUCUGCCGAGGGAAAUCGAACUGGUGCGAGGGCUCAAACACGUCAAUUUGAUCCGUUUUUACGAGUGCAUUGAAACUACAUUGAGAUUCUACAUCGUGAUGCAGUACGCCGAAAAUGGUUCAUUGCUACAACUUAUUCGCAAAGAGAAAUUUAUUCCUGAAGCAAGAGCGAAAUUGUUUUUUAAUCAGUUGCUCAAUGUUGUUGAGUAUAUUCACAGUAUGGGAAUUGUACAUCGUGACAUCAAAUGCGAAAACAUUGUGUUUGACGAGACUUUCACUUUGAAGUUGAUAGAUUUUGGAUUCGCUCGAGGAAACAUGCAUCCGGUAGUUGCAGGAGGAAAAAUAAAACCGGUUUUUUCGAAAACAUUUUGCGGUAGUCAUGCUUAUGCAAGUCCCGAAAUUUUAAAAUCCGUUGCUUAUCAACCGCAACUGUCCGACAUUUGGGCGAUUGGGGUCGUACUGUACACAAUGGUUAUAGGUCGGCUGCCCUUCUCUAACGAGAAUAACAUCAAUGCUUUGAUUAAGCAAGUAUCAGCAGGUCCAAAAUUUCACAAAGAUCGGAGUAUUAGCGAUGACUGUAGAGAUCUUAUAACCAGAAUUCUAAAACCGGUCGAUGAGCGCAUAACAAUUGAAGAAAUGCGCCGUCUUUCUUGGCUAAAUGAAAAUGAUUCUGGUUAUGACGACUCAGGGAAUGAGAAGAUACUUGAGAAAAGAAUAAAAUUGGAGACCGGUGUAGACGAAUCUGAAGCUAAACAGGUGGACAUCAAUAAUAAUGACAAUAGCAGUGACCAACAAUGUACAUCACCGAGUGUAUAUAAAAGGAAAGUUGCCACUCCAAACAAAUUUUAAUUUCAAAAUAGUGUUAGCUUAUCUGAAAUCUUUAACAACUUUUGUAAAUAGAUAAUUUCGAU